AUGGCGGCUCCGGCAGGGCCCACGAGGUUGGCCUACUUUGAUGACAUGUGGGCCCUCCGCGCCCCCGCCACCAUCCUCUCCCUCCAUCAGGAGGAGGGCGGCCGGCGAGCGGUGGUGCUGGACGCCACCGUCUUCCACCCGCAGGGCGGCGGGCAGCCGGCCGACACCGGGGCCAUCGUCUCCGCCGCCGGCGCCGGCGCCAGGUUCCUCGUCGAGGACGUGCGCGUCAAGGAUGGGGUGGUGAGCGUCUUCCACUAUGGCAGAUUCGAGGAUGCUGCUGGAGAGGAGCUCAGCCAAGGGCAGAGCGUCAGCUUGGAAAUAGACGCGGAACGGCGCAAACUCAACUCCAGGCUUCACUCUGCAGGUCAUUUGCUGGACAACUGCAUGACCAACCUUGGCCUUAAGCUGGAACCUGGGAAAGGAUAUCAUUUUCCUGAUGGGCCUUUUGUUGAGUAUAAAGGAGUUGUUCCAGCGGAUAAAUUGCAGGAUAAGAAACUUGAGUUAGAAAAGGAGGCAAAUGAACUGAUUUCUAAAGGAGCCAAGGUCUUAGUCUCUGUUUUCUCUUAUGAUGAGGCCGCUAAAUUAUGUGGAGGUGCUCUGCCUAGCUACAUUUCAGAGGGUAGCACUCCCCGCAUUGUUAAAUUUGGUGACUAUCCUGGCUGUCCUUGUGGAGGCACUCAUGUAGCCGAUAUCGCAGACAUCGGUAACCUAAAGGUCACAAAUAUACGAGUCAAGAAAGGUGUGACUAAAGUUUCCUACAGCAUCAGCCCAUAG